AGAGGGAACUGUUCAGUUGGCGAUCCUCAAACACACGUCGACGGCUGCGCUCACUCUCCAGCCUCCCCAGCCAUCACCCCAAAUCUUGCAACUUCAGGCCGCAACAAGUCAACCAUCGUCAUAUUCGACAUGCAAUUUUAGAAAGCCGCUCUUCAGCCCAACCCCUAGGUACACUCGCCCGUCGCAACGCCUAUAGCUCGUCGUUAUCGACAAUACUAUCGGCAAUAGUCGACCGGUCAAAGACCCCUGUCCAGAAUCCGUUGACGCGCCUUUGUAGACUCUCGCCCUCCAUGUUCUCGCUCCUCUCUUGUCGUCUACACAGGCCAGCCUCCUUGUGCGCCUCAGUCAGUCGACUUUCUACCGCUUUCCAACCAUCUCUCUCUAUCAAUCACCACCUGCAAUCCGUGCCUGCCCCUCAAUCGUCGGCCAUCAAGACAGAAACGGAGGAGUCAAGAGAAAAGAAACAGCGCGACGACUACAGGCUUAGGCUCAACGCUCGUCGCAAGGCAAAAUAUAUAUCCGACCCCCAUUACCGUGAGCUCGCAUAUGCUAGAUGGAGGAACCUGAGUCCUGCCGCCCUCGAAAGAAGGCGUCAUGCAAGCGCCCUCGACAAUCGUCGAAGAUGGACCAGCGACUUUGUUUUCAAACAGCGCGCUUUACUGUGGUCGUGGCUAACCAGAACGCUCAAGCUCCGGGACUUGCAAUGGAGGACACAUGAAGCACAGCUUUCUGCGAACCCCGUCAAGCGCCAUUGCUCAGGAUGCGGCUAUGUGAAACCACCCCGUAAACUCUGGUUCCGCAGAAUCGUUCCAGCCUCUUCCGACUCAAAUCUAUUCGACUGCUUUAGAUGCUUCACGUCAGAAUGGGUUCCCGAGAAGGUUUUGCCCAUCGGCUAUGAGCAUGUAGUAUUUGGCUCAAGAGUGAGAAUCAAGCCUCGUUCUGUCUCAACACCUGGCCGAGAGGGCCAAAGUCAAGAAAACACCAGAGAAUCUGGUGACUCAGGGACCACAGCUCAUAACAAAACGUAGUGAGUCCCUAAAUAUCGCUUAAGCUAGGAUGAGCAGUUCGGUACAACACGUUCAAUCGACUUCAAUAGCCUAUGCAUGGAAUACAAAAAGUGCCAGCAACAAGAACAUACACUAUGAGCCAGAACCAAUGCUUUGUACCAAUGUGAGUCUGGGAGUACGACGAAUAUUCGGUGAUGCGUGUGCCUAUUCAAAACAAGAGAAGGCCUUUGCCGAAUGAUGUUGUCUCAAUCUUCUUUCUUGGUAAGGACUAGUAUUUGGUGAGAAAGAGAAUCACGUG